AUGGCCGAUACUCUGAGCCACUCCGCCAACGGCAAUGGUGCCAUCUACAGCAACGGACACAGCAACGGCUCUGCGAAUGGAGCUGCUAAUGGCAAGCCAAACUACGAGUCUGUUGUUGACCGCGUCGCCAACGGCCCUGUCUCCCAAGCUGCCCAGGACCAAGUAAACAAGACCGCCAACGAGUUCGCCAACCUCAACGCCUCUCGGAAGGCCACUCCUGGCACCGCUGCCACUAGCCAGCGCUUGACCCACUACCACUCAUACUUUUUCGAUCUUCUCGCAUGGAAGAACCCUCGCGCUUCUGGCAUCGUCUACGCCAGCUUGGUCUCUCUCAUUUUCGCCGCGAGGUAUCUUGAUGUCAUCCGAUACUUCUUCAAGCUCACAUGGCUCGCCCUUGGCACGACCGUGGCUGCUGAAAUCGUCGGAAAGGUCGUUCUCGGUCAGGGCAUCACCUCUCAGCUUCGUCCCAAUAAGUACUUUGUCGUUUCCCGCGACACGCUCGAUACCAUGAUAGGAGAUGUGCACGAGCUCAUCAACUUCUUUGUGAUUGAGGCUCAGAGGAUCCUUUUCGCCGAGAACAUUGGCGCCUCGGUUGCUGCCUUCGUCGCUGCCUUUUUGUCCUACUACCUCGUCAAGAUUGUCCCGUACUGGGGUCUCGCUAUUCUCGGAACCACUGCUGCUUUCAUGAUCCCCCUCCUCUACACCUCGAACCAAGAAGUCAUUGAUGCCCAGCUCAAGCACGCCUCGGACCUUGUCAACGCCCAGACCGCCCAGGUCCGUGAUGCUGCCAACAAGCACACUGCCCACGUCGCCGAGCUCACCAAGCACGCCCCUCUCGAUGAGACCGCUUUCCCCAGCGCUCCCUCGGGCACCUUCCAGAAGGAUACCGAGGACUUCCUCGAUGGUAGCGCCACCAACGCUGCUCCCGUCUUCCCCGUCGAGCCCGCUUCCUCGGCUGACCCCCUCGUCAACCUCUAA